AUGCGUGGAGACCAUUGGACUGUGGUGGCCCGCAGCAUCUUAGUUCGGUCUGGGUCAAGCGUGGCUUCGGAGGCACUGGCUGAGCGUUUGUCAUUUGGAGCAGUUCUUCUCGAAAUGGACAUGGUGGGGGAGCGCCUCCAGUUCAAGAAGCUCCAAGGCGAGGGCCCCGAGUCCGGAUGGGUGACCAUCAAAGUGAAGGAGAAAGUGCUGGUGCAACGCGCCAUCGAUGCGCUCGUGCUUCCCGAGAACGUGCUUCGUUUAUGGGCCCUGUCCGACAUUCACACGGACAAAAAGGAGAACAUGCAAUGGAUCCGCGAGUUGGACGAGAAUGCGUUUCAGGAGGAUGUUCUCAUUUUGGCCGGUGAUAUCGCGAACACGAUGGAGGUGCUUGAAGAAACCUUGCUCUUAUUGAAGGCCCGCUUCCAGCGUAUUUUCUUUUGUCCAGGCAGCUUGGCCGAUUGGUGGAACACAUGCCCUGUGAUGGUUUGGCCUUGGGGCGGUCGGCGGUUGCUCAAGUUGAAGCCACAGACAGAUGAAGUGGGAGACUUUGGCCUCCAGCUGCGCCGACAAAUUCCAUGCAAUUAUGGAGGUUUGCAAAUCGUGCGGCGUUGCGCCCUGGACGAAACCACACCUGGCAUCCUGAACACAGGUGCUGGGCGUCUCGUGGUCGUGCCAAUACUGGCUUGGCAUCAUCCACAAUGGGAUACCGAGCCAGAACUACAAGAAUGGCAAGUUCCGGCACUUGAAAAGACAAUGGCCGACUACUGGGCGACCAGAUGGCCACAAAAGUUGCGCAUCGAAGAUGGCAGUGUCGCUGAAGCGUUUGAUCAGCUCAAUGAACGCUGCUUUCAGAAUGUGAUGCAGCGGCGAGAUGAGUUCCAAGCAGUGGUAUCCUUCUCACACUUUGUUCCACGGAUUGAGUUGAACCCUGAGAAGCGAUAUUUGAUCCCAUCCUCCUUGGCCAAGGCAGUUGGCUCUGCAUACUUGAAGGAGAGGGUCGAGAAGCUGAAACCUGAUGUGCAUGUCUUUGGGCAUACCCAUUUUGGCUACGACAUGGAGCUGGACGGUAUUCGUUAUCUUCAAGCUCCACUAGCCACACCUGCAGAGCGGGUUUGGGCAGGUUCUUUGGUGACACUUGGUGGCUUCCCUAUCGAGAGAAAGCCAUGUUUGGUGUGGACAUCAGAUCUGGGCUUUGCAAGUACCUAUCGAAGCUCCUGGUCGAAGUAUUACCAGAGAUAUGGUCGACAGCCUGCAGUCACGGAUGUGAUCCCAUCAUUGUGCUGCAACCUUUACACGCCAAGCUCGGCCAGUAGGACUGGAUGGAUUGCGGGUCGGAUGCCCAUUUGGCUCUUUGGACCUUUGCCAAGCCGUAUACAGGAGGCAGAAAUGGUCAUCAAUGAGGUUCGGAACAUCACUGGCCGUGCGGCGGUUCUCCAGAGGAGUGCGAAAGGGAGAGAGAAGUUGCCUCCAAGUUCUCAGGGAGAUCCCAAGAUGUUAAGAGGAGAAGAAGCAUUAGGCUUGCAUGCAGCAGGAGCGCAUGUGUUCAUCGACGUCCGCCCUCCAGGUGCAGCCGGUGGCUGCAUUCCGGGUGCCAUAUCACUGCCCCAUCCUGCUGCUACUGAGACCCUGGCAUCCUUGGACGAUGAUGUCUUGUUGCAGCUUUGUGAGCGCUUGAACGCCAAGAGUGGCAACAUGAUCAUCUAUGCAGAGGAGGACGAAUCGUCCUGGGAUGCUGCGCUACUUUUGGCUGGAUAUUUUCGAAUCUGGCCCACUGCAAU